AGCAUGAUGUGACACCUAGUUGAUUUAUGUGACACAACAGCCGAUAACUGACAGAUGAAAAUCGAUCCGUACGGAAAAAUAUUGGCCCGUCUGGAUAAAUGGAAAGUCAAAUCUGCGGUAACAUGGCUAGCCUGAUAAGGAAGAGAAUAAAGUUGCCGGGAUACAAGAUGGGUAAAGAAAAACGACCAACGAAGAAAGUCAAAACCCAAGUUAUCCUCGAACAGGAACUGCAGCUCAGACGCCUGGCGGAAGAGGAGAAGAGGAAAGAGGAGAAACAGCUUGGAGAGAAAGUGAAUUCCCUGGUGAUGAACACACUCGGUCCCAACGAUGACGAAGACCAAGACAUAGUGGAGUCAUAUCGCCAACUCUUCAAACUGUUUGAUAAGAAUGAUGAUGGGAGUAUCAGUGUGGACGAACUCGGCCAUGUUUUCAGAAUACAUCUCGGAAAAUCUCUAUCUGAAAACGACCUCAACAGAAUUAUAGAGCAAGUAGAUGAAAACCAGAGUAAAACUAUUGAGUUUAGUGAGUUCCUGACCUUAAUGGCUUCCGAAACGUGGAAUGAAAUCGAGAAAGGUGAAAUCGUUAAAGCGUUUGCAGUAUUUGACCGUAACAAAGACGGGUAUGUGGACGCGCAGGAGCUGAGGUUCGCCCUGUGCACGUACGGAGAGGCGAUGACGCAACAAGAGGCCGAUGAGCUACUGGCAAUUGCAGAUCUAGACAAGAAUGGGCUGAUAGACUAUAACGAAUUCCAGGCUAUGAUGACUGCUGACGAGGAAUCGGGAGACUGCCGACAACAAUGAUAGACCUCUUCAUUAAUAAUUCAGAUGAUUUUAUAGUGUUGUAUAUUGUGUUAUUUUCGAGAAUGCUAUUCCGGAAAAAGAUUGAAGGAGCGAGGUGAAGGUCGUGUGAUAGAAUUGUGGGACACUACUUAGCAACUUAGUAACCAUGGCAACUGUACAGUUGGAUCAUUGUAACAUCGAGGGAAUAUACAGCAUUCAGAAAAAUUCAGCAAAUGAGACUGUGUUUGGUUUUAGAUUCAGCAACGGCUCGAGCAGGAAGUAGUAACCUAGUAGCCAUGGUAACCAGCAGGAAGAACGGCCAACAAGUCUCUGAACUUAUCAUUAUUUAGCGAGAACAAAUGCUCUCAGAAAUUGCUUCGGCCUCUUGUAUGAUGAUAUUGAAAGAGAGAUAUGUAACUAUAGUAACCACAUGUAACUAUAGUAACCACAUGUUAUUGGUCACGAGGCAGUCCAGAUCUUCCUUUUAGAUCACAUCGCAGAACCUCUAACUUGAAAUUAAAGUUAAAACGUACAUAUUGAUUUUAUAUCUUGUUUCCAUAGCUGUGAUAUAAAGCAGUUACAGAGAAAAAUUCUCGAAAGCUAUUCUAAAAUAAUUUAUUUCUCUAGAGAUGUAGUUCCUGUAUAUUCACGCACUUUUUAUCGCUUUUCUAUGUAACAUAAUAUAUUGCUCAACACGUUCCUAAACCAUGUUUUGGCCACUGUAAACCCCAAACCCCUCAUUAUACCCAUCACUAUACCCCUCAUUAUACCCAUCACUAUACCCAUCACUAUACCCCUCAAUAUACCCCUCAAUAUUCAUCACUAUACCCCUCACUAUACCCCUCAAUAUUCAUCACUACACCCAUCACUAUACCCCUCACUAAACCCCUCACUAUACACAUUUCAAAAUACCUCCCCAAACGUUGGAUUACAUAGUAUUAGUAGUAUGUGUACUAUCUCUUACUGUUUACAAAGUUAUGAGAUUCUAAAAAUAUAGCUGUACGUUUAUUUAAUGGACAGAAACUGACAAGGAGGACUUGUUAGACAAAGUUAAGAUAAUAAAUGAGAGGAGAGAUGAAAAACUUAAUCGAUUGCUGAUUUAAUUUGUCUCCCUUAAGUUUAAGAUGGUUUAGAUUAGCUUUUAGAAUAUGUCUACUUUUCAGUUACGACCCUGAAUAAUAAUGAUAAUGUUAAUGUUCAACAUUUUGUAACUUUUGUAUAUGUAUUAUGACAUGUCUUAGGAUGUGAGUCUUAUUUUAGGUUUACCAUGUAAACUUUUAUCAUUGAUCAUUAUCAGGGGUGUAGGAAGCCCUACAUUAUGAUAGUGUUAAAACAAUCAAA